UUGACGUGGUUUGCGGAGAGCGAUCCGUGUGAACUGUGCCCUCCUCCCGGGCUUCUCUCGCGCAACACAGAUACCGUUUCCUCGCGCAUCUCCUUGCACAACGUCGCGCGCUCACGGGCCCCUCGCGGAGAGACAGACGUCACUGCUGUCAGUUUGUGGCCGUUCGUCACAUCGGUGGGUUUCAGUUCGACUGAGAUGCAGCUCAGACCCGCAGCCUUCUCGCAGAGCGCCUCGUUUUCUCGUCUUUCGUUUCAAACCACGACUACCGGUGAAGACAAAAACGGGAAUGAAUCACGGAACGCGACAAUCUAACGGUGGAACGAAGGAGAAGACGUCGCCGGAAUGACCCCUCAUCACAAAGAAACGCGUUUCCCCGCGCUGCGCUCGUGAAGCUCAUUCAACGGAUUCAAAGGGGAGCGCGAUCGAGCGGCUCUAGCUCACAACCAGCCGUCAAUCAUGCCGGUGCGACGAGGUCACGUCGCGCCACAGAACACGUUUCUCGGGAUUAUCAUCCGCAAAUUCGAGGGUCAAAACAAGAGAUUUGUCAUAGCCAAUGCACGUGUUCAGAACUGUGCCAUCAUCUACUGCAAUGACGCCUUCUGUGAGAUGACAGGGUUUUCCCGGCCGGACAUCAUGCAGAAGCCGUGCACCUGUGACUUCCUGCACGGACAGCUGACCAAGCGGCACGCUAUUGCGCAGGUAGCACAGGCUCUCCUGGGCUCGGAGGAACGCAAAGUAGAGAUCACCUACCACCGCAAGGACGGAUCAGACUUCCUGUGUGCGACACACAUCAUUCCGGUGAAGAACGAAGAGGGUGUUGUCAUGAUGUUCAUCUUGAGCUUCGAUUACGUGUUGAAAGAGGGCAGCAUGGAUUCAUUAGACCGACUCAACCACACCUCUCCAGCCAGACAAGAACCAAAAAAAGGACGUUUCUUUCGUUUUCGUCUGCCUGCACCGCUGAGCAUGCUGGGAGUGAGUAAGCAAUCCCUUCCCCAGGAAGACCCGGAUGAGGUGACCAUCCAUUCGGCCGAUCAGAAUGAGAAACGCUCUUCCUGCUCAUCAUCUGUCUCUCUUUCCCUCUCUCCACGUGAACUCCACCCACCCACCGGUGAGAGCUGCAGCCCCUCCUACGGAAACGACACUUGGGCUUUGAUUGGCCAGAAUUAUCUGGGCUCAUGCUCACCGAUCUCAGGGCCACAAGAUCACUCGUCUCCACGGGGCCCUUGGGAACGGGUGGACCCCCAGGAGCCUGUGCCGACUGCAUCCAGGAGAGCAUCACGGGCCAGUAUGUGCACGUUUAGGAGAGUAUCAUCUACACAAGAUUUAGAAGGACUCAGCGCGCAUACACAAAGGACGUACCGCGAUCGCCAUGCUAGUGAAGGUCCAUUUAAUCAGAUCAAGUCCAGCAUUUUGGGUUCCACGUCUGAUUCAAACCUCACUAAGUACAGCACCAUCAACAAGAUCCCUCUCAUCACUCUCAACUUCUCAGAGACCAACAAUGACAAGCGAGCAUCAUCUCCGCAUUCCUCAGAGAAAACCAUCAUCGCACCAAAGGUCAAAGAUCGAACACACAACGUCACAGAAAAGGUCACGCAGGUGUUGUCGCUAGGCGCCGACGUUCUUCCAGAGUAUAAGCUUCAGACGCCACGCAUCGACAAGUUCACCAUCCUACACUACAGCCCCUUUAAGGCAGUCUGGGAUUGGCUGAUUCUGCUGCUAGUCAUCUACACCGCUGUUUUCACACCCUACAGCGCGGCCUUCCUCCUCAACGACGUGGAGGAGCAGAAGAGACGAGAGUGUGGCUAUUCCUGCAGCCCGCUCAAUGUGGUGGACCUCAUAGUGGACAUCAUGUUUAUCGUAGACAUUCUUAUAAAUUUCAGGACUACGUAUGUUAACGCCAACGAAGAGGUAGUUAGUCAUCCGGCUAAGAUAGCAGUGCAUUACUUCAAGGGAUGGUUCUUCAUAGACAUGGUGGCAGCCAUACCGUUUGACCUGCUCAUAUUUGAGGGAGGAUCAGAAGAGACCACGACUCUGAUUGGCCUGCUAAAGACUGCCAGACUGCUCCGAUUGGUCCGUGUGGCACGGAAGCUGGAUCGUUACUCAGAGUACGGGGCAGCUGUCCUAAUGCUCCUCAUGUGUAUCUUCGCACUGAUCGCUCAUUGGUUGGCUUGCAUAUGGUAUGCGAUCGGCAAUGUGGAGAAGCACUAUCUGGAUCACACAAUCGGCUGGUUGGACAAUCUAGCCAUAUCUAUCGGCAAGCAGUACAAUGGCACCGACCUCUCCUCAGGCCCCUCAAUCAAAGACAAGUAUGUGACAGCACUGUAUUUCACAUUCAGCAGUCUGACCAGCGUGGGCUUUGGAAACGUGUCGCCAAAUACCAACUCAGAGAAGAUCUUCUCCAUCUGUGUCAUGCUCAUUGGCUCUCUGAUGUAUGCUAGUAUCUUUGGGAAUGUGUCUGCUAUAAUUCAGCGACUGUACUCAGGAACAGCUCGGUACCAUCUGCAGAUGCUUCGGGUCAAAGAAUUUAUUCGCUUCCACCAGAUCCCUAACCCGCUGAGACAAAGACUGGAGGAGUACUUCCAACACGCAUGGACAUAUACCAAUGGCAUCGACAUGAACAUGGUACUGAAGGGCUUUCCAGAGUGCCUGCAGGCUGAUAUCUGUCUUCAUCUGAAUAAAACUUUGCUCCAGAGCUGCAAAGCUUUCCGCGGUGCGACCAAAGGAUGCCUACGGGCACUGGCAAUGCGCUUUAAGACCACUCAUGCCCCACCGGGUGACACGUUGGUGCAUUGCGGGGACGUUCUCACGGCUCUCUACUUUGUGGCAAGGGGAUCCAUCGAGAUUCUCAGAGAUGACAUAGUGGUGGCCAUCCUGGGUAAGAAUGAUAUUUUUGGAGAGAUGAUUCAUCUGUACGCCAAACCGGGGAAAGCCAACGCAGAUGUUCGAGCACUGAGCUACUGUGACCUCCACACCAUCCACAGAGAGGAUCUUCUGGAGGUUCUGGACAUGUAUCCUGAAUUCUCAGACUACUUCCUGUCCAAUCUGGAGCUCACGUUUAACCUGCGUGAUGAGAAUGCUAAGGGAGCCACGGCUUCUCAGAGGAACCUUUACACAGCCGUGAGCGACUCAGAAGACACAGAAGACCCUGACGUCAGAACCAAACCCUGCUUUAAGAGGGACCGCUCCGCAGGUUCUCCGAGCAGACCGAGCGGGACAGAGAGGGAGAGGGGAAGAGAUCAAGAGGUUCACACGUUACCGGGAGAGGAGGAGGAUGAGGAGGAAGAGGAGGAGGAAGAGGAGGGUGAGGAAGGGACAGCGAGGCCUUUGAAUCAAUCCAUUCCUGUCAACCUGAACACCAUCCCUGACACAUACUCUAAAGAUUGUGUUGAAAACAAUCUGUUUUGCAAAGAUGUGUGUGUUGAAGAAUGGCCUUGUGGGAAUGCAGAUGACUCAGCGAAAUCUCAGGACAGAGAAGGAGGAGAUGACUGUGAAAGUGACAUCACAUUCGGCGAAAUGGAGCAAAGACUGGAUCUACUGCAGGAACACCUAAACAGGCUGGAGGAGCAAAUGACAUCAGACAUCCAGGCUAUUUUACAGUUGCUCCAGAGGCAGAGCACUCUGGGACCUCCAGCGUACAGUACUGUUGCUGUCAGUCCGGACUACCACAAACCUGUGCAGCCCGUCACUGCCAUGCAGACGCAGAGUGAUGAUCUAGAGAACGCCUGCAAAGCCAAAGACUCCAACCCUGCCGUUACCAGGGAGAUGACCUCUGACGUCAGCACGACGACUCUACUGGUGACGGAGCCAGAGUGGGAGGCGGGACCCAACAGGCCCUCCUCUGAUCCUGGCCUUCCAGGGCAGCAACAUAAGGUCAAAGGUUAUAGUUUCAUGGUCGUGAAACAGAAUCCAAUAACAACAGAAUUCCCAGGGGCAGGUACAGUAAGAGCAGUGUUUAAUCGUGAGGCUUGAGUUGUCAUAUUCAGAACGCCACAUAGAGGAGUCACACUUCUGUAUGCUUUCAUGUAACUAUGCAUAGACAGAACAAAAUCAACAGUAAGCUCAAACUCCUCCCUUCAAAA